AUGCCUCCGGCAGCAGCUGUGUCAUCAAUGUGGAGGACAGAUGGGCCGGUGUCCAAAGGCACCGAGAAGGACACCGUCGGUGUCCAGCAUAUCGAGCAGACCGAAGAUGACUCAACACUGAAGACCGUGGAUGAAUGUCUCAGACGACGGGCGAGGACAGAUCCAGAUCUACCCGUUGUAUCAUACCCAUCCUCAGGCAUCGAGUACGUGGACUACACGUUCCAGCAACUCGAUGUCUUCGCCUACCGGGUAGGUAAGCAGCUUCAGGCUGCAAUCCCAUCGAGGACAAGCUCGGCCGAGAAACGGACCGUCGUCGCGAUGCUUGGCCCUUCAAAUCUGGAGUACCUGGUGACGAUGAUGGGGCUUCUCAAGCUUGGCCACACAGUUUUGUUCCUGUCUACCAGGAUAUCGGUUCCCGCAAUCGAGUCACUAAUCAAAUCCACCGGUGCGGCAUACUUGAUUGCGGACCCUCGGUAUCUGGAGGCGUCUUUGGCAACCAAGGAGCUUGUUCCCGAGCUCCAAGUACUCGAAAUGCCUACAAGGAGUAACUUCGAGUUCCCAAUCGAUGCCGUGGGCGACACGCAACUCGAUGCCGCCCUCGACCCGAGCAUCGAGAUCAACCAAAUCGUAUACAUCAUCCAUUCAAGCGGAUCCACUGGCUUACCGAAGGCCAUUUAUCAGAAGCAACAUGCGGCGCUCUCAAAUUUCUCGGGCAACAUGAACAUGAAGGCGUUUAUCACGCUUCCUUUAUAUCACAACCACGGAAUUUGCAAUCUGUACCGGGCGAUCUGGUCUAAGAAGGCUAUUCACCUGUAUAAUGCCGAUCUACCCUUGACGUGCAACUAUCUUAUCAAGAUCUUGAAGGCACAUGACUUUGAGAUCUUUUACGGCGUCCCAUACGCACUCAAAUUGCUCGCCGAGGCCGAUGAUGGCCUGGCUCUUCUGGCUCAGUUGAAGAUUGUCAUGUACGGUGGCUCAGCGUGUCCCGAUGAUCUAGGAGACAUUUUGGUAGAGCACGGCGUCAAUCUUGUCAGCCAUUACGGAGCAACCGAAGUGGGCCAGCUUAUGACAUCGUUUCGACAGCCUGGAGACAAGGCCUGGAACUACGUGAGGGAGCAUGACAAGCUGAAGCCCUACCUUCGCUGGAUUCCCCAAGGCCCCAACUUGUUCGAGUGCUGCGUCCUCCCAGGCUGGCCGGCCAAGACAUCGACCAACAUGGAAGAUGGCUCUUACCGCACAAAGGACCUUUUCGAGCCCCACCCCAGCAUUCCUGGGGCAUGGAAGUACAUAGCUCGCCAAGAUGAUACGAUCGUCCUGGUCAAUGGCGAAAAAUUCAACCCUGUGGUCACGGAAGGCAAGAUUCGGUCCAGCAAGCUGAUCACUGAGGCGGUUCUCUUUGGAGCCCAGCAACCAUAUCUUGGUGUCCUCAUUGUUCCGUCGCCAGCGGCAGCUGCUGGCAAAUCACCCGCUGAAAUUCUCGAUAUUGUGUGGCCAGUGGUUGAGGCAGCUCAGGAAUCAAAUGACGCAUUCGCAAAGCUUUCCAAGGAGAUGCUUGUCAUCCUCCCCUAUGAUGUCGACUACCCGCGGACAGACAAGGGCAGUCUCAUUCGCCAGGCUUUCUACAAGGCCUUUGCCAAAGAAAUUGAACUUGCCUACGAAAUAUCGUCGUCGACGAAUGAGAAUGCUCGGGAAUACUCCGAGUCUGAGCUUCGUGAGUUCCUGAGAGGGCUGGUCACAAAGGCACUUUCGCAUGGAACCAACUUUGCGGACGAUACCGACUUUUUCUCUCUUGGAUUAGACUCAUUGCAGUCCAUUCAAAUCAGGGCAGAAAUACUGAGGUCGGUGAAGACAGCCAGCAAGCUGACCCAGAAUGUGGUCUUCGACCACCCGUCAAUUGACAGGCUGACUGCGUAUUUAUCGGGUGCAUCAACGCAGACGAGCAUAGAGGACGAGAUUGCUUCUCUCGUUGAGAAGUACUCAUCAUUCUCCAAGCCUCAAGCCAAGCAAGGGAGGUUCGUUGCCAUCACAGGUUCAACCGGCUCUCUCGGCGCGCAUAUUGUCGCCCAACUGGUGCAGGAUCCGUCGAUAGAACGUAUUUACUGUUUCGUCCGCGCCCAGGACGACGCUGGCGCAGCCAAGCGUACGGCAGAAUCUUUGAUAUCGCGCAAGUUGUACCACAACCUGCCUCUACAACUACGCAAAAAGGUUAUCUCUUUACCUGUCGACCUCUCCAAGACCGAUCUAGGACUGCCAGAGCCGACAUAUCGUGAGAUUACAUCAAGUCUGAGAACUGUCAUCCACGCUGCCUGGUCCGUCAACUUCAACAUCCGCCUCUCGUCUUUUGAGAAGGACAACAUCGCCGGUGUGCGCCACCUGAUCGAUCUCUGCCAGUCGGGAGGUGCCUCCUUCAACUUCUGCUCAUCAGUGAGUACAGUCUCAAGACAUCCGGACGAACAAGGCCCGGUUCCUGAGUCCCUGCCCGAUGCUAGGUGGGCACAAGGCAUGGGAUACGCACAGUCCAAGUCCGCCGCGGAGGCAAUCUGCGCCCGCGCCGCAUCGCAGGCGGGGAUCCCCGUACGAGUAUUGAGGAUCGGCCAGAUUGUAGCUGACACCACACAUGGCGUGUGGAACGCCACGGAAGCUGUCCCGCUAAUGCUCCAAAGCGCGCUGACCAUCGGUGCGCUACCCCGUCUCUCGGAAACGCCGUCUUGGUUGCCCGUCGACACCGUCGCCAAAGGUGUCGCCGAGAUCUCGCUUUCGGAUGCAGACACAUCGGCUAAGGCUGCGGUAUUCGCAAACGUGGUGAACCAUCGCACGUUCAGCUGGACGAAUGACUUACUCCCUGCACUUCGCAGUGCGGGCUUAGACUUUGAGGAGGUCGAGCCAAAGGAGUGGGUCAAGAGGCUGAGAGAGUCCAAUCCGGACCCUGUGGCGAACCCACCUAUCAAGCUGGUCGACUUCUUCGCCAGCAAGUACGACCGCGAUGAGUUCGCCCCCUCAAAGCAGUAUGUAACCGACACAGCGCGCUCGCUGUCGCAGACCCUGGACAAUGCGCCACUACUGAAUAGCGACUUUGCCAAGAAGUUCGUGGAUCAAUUUUGCCGGACGUCCUGGAAGUCUUCGACUGCCAGCAAAGAUGCCAAGGCAGGCUCGCCUGCCAAGCGCGUCGUCAUUGUGACAGGACCAUGUGGCAGUGGCAAGACAACCCUAGCUACAGCACUGGCGAACGAGACACUGAACACCCCGUUCAUUGAGGGAGACUCGCUUCACAGCAAAGACGCCGUUGACCGUAUGCACGCUGGCCAAGCCCUGUCCGACGAACACCGGAAACCAUGGCUCGACCGUCUUGUUCGUCGCGCGGAGGAGGAGCUCUUUGACUUAGGUUACGAAACAGUGUUGGUCAGCUGUUCGGGGCUGAAACGGUCGUACAGGGAUCAAAUACGACAAAUCGGCUCAGGGGGCAGGGCCAAGGUGGUGUUUUUGGAUUUGCAGUGUGCCCCCGAGACUUUGAUUGCAAGACUACAAGGAAGGAAAGGACAUUACAUGAAGGCUGAGAUGGUUGAGAGCCAGCUGGCGGACCAGGAGAAUGUUGCGGUCGAUGAGGUAGACGUGUUUCCUAUAGACGCCGAAGGUGGACUGGAGGGCAUUUUGCAAGAGGCUACUUGGGCGUUGGAGCGUAUUUCAUAG